UACAAAAUUCACCUGCUGAUCAAUUAGAUGAAAAUUUCAUAAAUGACGACUUAGGCGAAGAAGAAGUCGAUGAAGAAGAUGAAUUGCUAGUUGAUAUUUGUGAAGAUGAUGUUAAUUUAAUUAAUGAUGAAAGUGAUAGUGAUUAUUCUACUUAGUUUUUAUAUUUUUGUAAUAAAGACAAUUGUUUAAAAUAUAAUAUAUGAGACUUGUAAUCAUGAUGUUCAUUUCCAUUGGUGAUAUUUGAUACUAACUAACAAUUUAAUACUAACUAAUCAUUUUUGUUCCUAAGUACAAUGUCAGCAGAUAUAGCCACCUCUCAUGGCGGAGAUGGUGGAGGUCUAGACCCGCCAGAUCCUAGUAGAGUACCCUCUUCCUGCGAGUCAGCUGAAGUGCCGAGAAAAAAAGGUCGUGGCCUGGCUAAUUCGAAGCCACUUGAAAUUCGAAGGCGAAAUGCUGGGAAACCACUAGAUCUUCAGCUUGAUCCUAGGACGGACAAAGUGGUUGGCUUGGAGGACCAAGCUUUUGUCCGCGAGAUAGGCCUCCAAGUCACUUUGUUGUUGCCAGGACAUUACUUGGAUUUCGCUGAUAUACCUCAACAAUUUAAGGAACAAGUCGUACAUAGGAUGAAGGUACAAAUUUAGAACAACUCUUGUGGUAUAAUUUUUAAUGUAGAAAUCAUUUACAAAUUAAACUAACAUGUUAUUUUUAAUGUAGUAUUUUUAUAAUGUUGAUGGUCAUCCAGAACCCGGGAGAGUUAUGAAAACUAUCUACACAGAGAUGCGCAAAAGAUAUUCUGAGAGAAAGAACAUCAGACAUACUCACUUCAAAAAAUAUUACUCUAAUCCGGAAGAUUUGCAGAGUGUUUUAGUUGCCCCACCUGACCAUUGCUCCAAGGAGAGUUGGAAAGAUAUUGUUCAGUUGUUUUUGAGCCCAAAAUUUAUCGCGCGAUCCAACCAAAACAAGAAAAACAGAAAAGAAAUGAAGUAUACAUCGACGCAAGGCACAAAAUCGAUGGCAGCUAAGCGUCACCAAUUUGUAAGUAAAAAUAUUAAUUUAAUUUAACAAAAUUUUACAUUCUAACUUCCUAUCUCUAAAUUUGUAUAGGCGAACCCUGAUGAACAUGUUAUUGAUACUUGGAAAGAUAGCCAUUUGAGAAAAUCGACAAAAGUUUUUGUCAACG